AUGGCGGCUCAGGUGCAAUCUCAGUCUCAGAAUGCUAUUUCCGGCAUCAAUCCAGCGGCGAAUGGUGGUGCCAAUUUUGUGACUACUUCUUUGUACGUCGGAGAUCUGGACCUCAACGUCACGGAUUCGCAGCUUUAUGAUAUAUUUAAUCAGGUGGGUCAGGUGGUUUCGGUUCGCGUUUGCCGAGACUUGACGACCCGACGAUCUCUUGGUUAUGGUUAUGUCAACUACAGCAACCCACAAGAUGCUGCAAGAGCAUUGGAUGUGCUGAAUUUUACCCCUCUUAAUGGAAAGCCUAUAAGAGUUAUGUAUUCUCACCGUGACCCAAGCAUUCGCAAAAGUGGGGCAGGAAAUAUAUUUAUCAAGAAUUUAGACAAAGCAAUUGACCACAAAGCUCUGCAUGAUACGUUUUCUGCAUUUGGUAGUAUCCUGUCCUGCAAAGUGGCUUUAGAUUCCUCUGGCCAGUCAAAAGGCUAUGGUUUUGUGCAAUUUGACAAUGAGGAGUCUGGUCAGAAAGCAAUUGAGAAGCUGAACGGCAUGCUGUUGAAUGAUAAGCAAGUUUAUGUAGGACCUUUUCUUCGUAAGCAAGAAAGAGACGGCGUUGUUGACAAGUCAAAAUUUAACAACGUUUUUGUAAAGAAUUUUUCUGAGACAACCUCUGAAGAAGAAUUGAAUGAUGUUUUUUCUGAAUUUGGGACAAUCACCAGUAUUGUUGUGAUGAGGGAUGCUGAUGGGAAAUCAAAAUGCUUUGGAUUUGUGAAUUUUGAAAGUGUCGAUGAUGCUGCUAGAGCAGUUGAUGCCCUUAAUGGAAAGUUAGUUGAUGAUAAGGAGUGGUAUGUUGGGAAAGCCCAGAAAAAAUCUGAAAGAGAAGUUGAAUUAAAGAACCGGUUUGAACAAACUAUGAAGGAGGCAGCUGACAAGUACCAGGGGGCGAACUUAUACAUUAAAAAUUUGGAUGAUAGCAUUGUUGAUGAUAAGCUUAAGGAGCUGUUUGCUUCAUUUGGCACAAUCACAUCAUGCAAGGUCAUGCGCGACCCCAAUGGUAUAAGCAGAGGAUCUGGAUUUGUUGCAUUCUCAACACCCGAAGAGGCUUCUAGGGCUCUUAUGGAGAUGAAUGGAAAAAUGGUUGUUAGCAAACCGUUGUAUGUAGCACUUGCACAGCGGAAGGAAGAUAGAAGAGCCAGAUUGCAGGCUCAAUUCUCUCAAAUACGGCCAGUUUCGAUGGCUGCUUCAGUUGCCCCUCGGAUGCCAAUGUAUCCCCCGGGUGGUCCAGGUAUUGGACAGCAGUUGUUUUAUGGUCAAGGUCCUCCUGCAAUGAUUCCUUCCCAAGGCGGUUUUGGUUAUCAGCAGCAGCUUGUCCCUGGUAUAAGGCCUGGUGGAGGUCCAAUGCCGAAUUUCUUUGUCCCAAUGGUUCAGCAGGGCCAGCAAGGCCAGCGCCCUGGUGGCAGACGUGCAGGAGCUGUCCAGCAAAACCAGCAGCCUGUUCCAAUGAUGCAACAACAGAUGUUGCCUAGAGGAGGGCGUGUCUACCGCUAUCCCCCAGGAAGAGGUAUGCCUGAUGUUCCUAUGCCUGGUGUUGCUGGAGGCAUGUUUUCUGUUCCAUAUGAAAUGGGAGGCAUGCCAAUGCCAUUGCGUGAUGCGGCACAUUCUCAACCCAUCCCUAUAGGUGCUCUGGCUUCUGCUCUCGCAAAUGCUACUCCAGACCAACAGAGAACGAUGCUGGGGGAGAAUCUGUACCCGCUCGUGGAACAGUUGGAGCCCGACAACGCAGCUAAGGUAACUGGAAUGCUUCUGGAGAUGGACCAGACUGAGGUUUUGCAUUUACUCGAGUCCCCAGAGGCUUUGAAGGCGAAAGUAGCCGAGGCUAUGGAGGUUUUGAGGAAUGUAGCUGCAGCCCAGCAGCAGCAAGCUGGGAACGCAGCUGAUCAACUCGCCUCUCUGUCGCUGACCGAGAACCUCGUGUCGUGAGCUUUGCUUGUGUUCAUAAAGCUUCCUGGGAUGAUGCACGAAAUGAUGAUACGUGUAGUAGUUGUGUGAUACAAUUGACUGUUUGUUUAUUUGCUUUUAUCUCCUGAAGACUGCUGACAUUUUCUUUGUUUUUUUUUCAGUUUUUGGUUCGUAGUUCUGCUUCUCUAGUGAUACUCUGUUUCCUUAGGAAGAAGCUUUUUUUUUUCUUUCUUUUUCAUCUUUUUUUGACAUUAAUCCAAGGUACUCCUACUAUCUUCUGGUAUA